UCAGACUACUAUCAUCAGCUGUUGUAAGCACAGCAGCUCACUUGUAACGAAGCCGAUGACGAGUGCUCUAUCAAUCAAGUUCUUCCGAAGGAAGGAAGUACUCAGAUUCGAAUAAACCCGAAAUAUCGUUGAACAAUAAUCAUUAGAUAAACAAACUGAGUGUAAACGACGAUAUCAAUCUCCGUGCUGACAUGUUUCGAUACGAAACCCUUAAUCGUGACGAGGUGAAACGCUUCGAGACACCAUUCAAUGAAAAUUUCACUGAGGUGCACUUGGAGGACACUUCGGUUAAUCCGUCCGGGAACCCAUCGUGGAAACCGGUUCACUGCGUUAUGCCUUCCAUGUAUCAAAAAUAUGCGGACCGUAUUCGAGAGCUAACAGUUUACGAUGAUGACGUGUGGAUAGUGACGUUUCCGAAGGCUGGCACUACCUGGACUCAGGAAAUGGUAUGGCUGAUUCAUCACGAUUUGGACUACGAAAAGGCAUCCGCAGUCAACCUAACGGAAAGAUCUAUCUUUUUGGAAUUAUGCACCUUUUGUUCGAAUGUGGAUUUACCGGAUACUAUAGCUCAGGUUGAGCAUCUGCCCCGACCACGGCACAUUAAAAGUCACCUACCAUUAGCACUGCUUCCCAAGCAGCUUUGGAUGGUGAAACCGAAAAUUAUAUACACCGCAAGAAAUCCGAAAGAUGUCACCACUUCGUUUAUGCAUCACUAUAAAAAUAUGCACGGCUUCAAAGGUCCAAGAGAAGAUUUUCUGGAUGGAAUACUGGCGGAUAAACUAGUCUACUGCCCACAAAUUAAGCACGUUACCGAAUUUUGGGCUGUAGCACACCUCCCAAAUGUGCUGUUUUUAAACUUUGAAGACAUGAAGAGAAAUAUGCCCGCGGUACUGCGGAAAGUAUGUGACUUCUUCGGAAAAUCCUACAGCCCAAGUCAACUGGCGGAGUUGAAUACACAUUUGACGUUCGAUACUAUGAAACAAAACAAUUCUGCAAACAACCAGAUACUGGUGACGGGAAUCCAGGACGCUAUGGGGAUAACCAAUGAUUUCAAGUUCAUGCGUAAGGGUCAAGUCGGUGGCUACAAGGAUGAACUUCCAGCAGAGUUUAUCGACAAAAUGAAUAAUUUCAUUGAAGAACAAUUGCAGGGAACAACAUUUAAAUACAAAGAAUGAAACAAACUUUCCUUAAAACAAUGAUUG